GUGUUCAACGCCCAUUAUAACCUAACCCGGCACAUGCCUGUUCACACCGGAGCCAGGCCCUUCGUGUGCAAAGUUUGUGGGAAAGGUUUCCGCCAGGCCAGCACGCUCUGUAGGCAUAAAAUCAUCCACACGCAGGAAAAGCCCCACAAGUGUAACCAAUGUGGGAAAGCCUUCAAUAGGAGUUCCACGCUGAACACCCACAUUAGGAUCCACGCCGGCUACAAACCGUUCGUCUGUGAAUUUUGUGGCAAAGGAUUUCAUCAAAAAG